AUGAGUGUAUUGGCAAACUUCAAUUCCGGCCACGGGCUGGGGAGCUUGACCCAGUAUGCGUGCAUCGGGGCAAAUAUCAUGUUUCUGUCGAGUGCCAUCAUCACUUCCUUCGCCUCGAUGCUGGGAGAUCCCUUCAAUCACUUCAAUUCCCAGCCAUAUUGGAUGUUUACGAGCUUUUGUUCCUUUGCAGUGGUGAGUGGCUCCGACAAGAUUCCGACUGAGGAAGAUAUCCGUUCUCCAGGGGACAAUACCGAUAUUCUAACUGUCCAUUCCCAGGCAAGCGCUAAUAUCAGCGUCGCCGGAACCAUCUCGUCACGCUUUCGCAAUGUCGCCGACAGCGUGCCUGAGCCGGGCUUUGAAGACAAGCGCGUCCAAACCCUGAAAACGGCAUUCUACCUCAGUACAACCCUGUGUACAGUCUUUGCCGUUGCCACAGCCUUACUGGCCGUGAUAUGGGGACGAGCGGCAUCUGAGAAUGUUGCUUUUGUGGUGCCAUGCACUUUUGGCGCCAUGGCUGUGUCUGUCCCCCUGGUCCUCCGAGUCCUAUUGCGAAGAAACUAA